ACUUCCCUCCGCCUCCUUCUCCGGCGGCGUCUCCGGCUCCUCGGGCUCUCCCCGCCGGCCAUGUUGGCUCCGCUCGGGCCCCGCGGUUAAGCCGCGCCCCCGCCCCUGCCGUCCUUUCCCCUUCAGAGCGGCCCCAGAGCCCGACACUUGGCCAUGUGAACACCCGCCCCCGGCCCUCCGGGGAGACGCGAGCCGGGCGACCGGCCGGAGGACCCAGCCGCCAGCCGCCUUAGAAAUGGAGGCAAACGACCAUUUUAAUUUUACUGGCCUUUCCCCUGCACCUGCUGCCUCAGGACUGAAACCCUCCCCCCCCUCAGGGGAGGGGCUCUACACUAACGGGUCUCCCAUGAACUUCUCUCAGCAAGGGAAAAGUUUGAAUGGUGAUGUGAAUGUUAAUGGCUUAUCUACUGUAUCUCACACUACUUCAGGGAUUUUGAACUCUGCUCCCCAUUCCUCUGGCACUUCACACCUCCAUCAUCCCAACGUGGCCUACGAUUGUCUCUGGAACUAUCCGCAAUAUCCACCUGCCAGUACAGGCAGCAACCUUAAAGAUCCACCCCUUCUCUCCCAGUUCUCAGGCCACAGACAAUACCCACUCAACGGCACCAUUGGGGGCAGCCGGCAAGGUUCACCUCCAAGUCAAAACACUAACCUGCGGGCUGGUAACCAAGAGUUCUGGGCCAACGGCACCCAGAGUCCCAUGGGACUCAAUUUUGACUCACAGGAACUAUAUGACUCUUUCCCUGAUCAGAAUUUUGAGGUGAUGUCCAAUGGACCCUCUAGCUUCUUCACCUCCUCACCACCCUCUCCUAUGCUGGGCUCCAGCGUCCAGACCUUUGCACCUUCCCAGGAUCCUGAGCAUGGUGGACACCCUAGUGAGGCAGCAGAUAAGGAGCUAGCCCCCAUUGUGGCAGAGAACGGCACUGGUUUGGUGGGUAGCCUGGAGCUGGAAGGAGAACAGCCAGAAUUGAAGCUGUGUGGCUUUGACAGCUCAGCCCCUUCUGUGGAAUCACUGCGUCGGGAGGUCUCAGUUCUGGUGCCUGACCCUACAGUGAGCUGCCUGGAUGACCCUUCACAGCUUCCUGAACAGCUGGAAGGCUCUUCUAUCCUUGGCGAGGAUGCCUUGGAGCCUUUUGACUCCCUGGCUCCAGAGCCAGGGAGUGGUGGGCUUUAUGGGAUGGAUGACUCGGAGCUGGUGGGUGAAGAGGACAAGCUGCCCCUUGGAGACAGUCCUGACAUCUCAGCCCUUGAUUGUCCUUCCCUCAACAAUUCUGCUGCCUUCAGUCUCCUGGCAGAUGACAGCCAGACUUCAACCUCAAUCUUUGCCAAUCCCCCCUCACCUCCUGUCCUAGGGGAAUCUGUAUUACAAGAUGGCAGCUUUGAGCUGAAUAAUGGAAGUGAUCCAGAACAGGAAGAAGUGGAGACGAGCGUGACAGCUGCGUCCCCGGGCCUCGCACCAUCAGCCCCAGCUGAGCUGUCCCCAGAGGAAACAGACACAGACGGGAGCAGUGGUCCCGGGUGCACCCCUGACCUUGAAGAGCAGCUUGUUGGUGAAGACGCUGCUUCUGGCAGUGGUGAGCACGUGGAAGCGCACCAUACCAGUCCUCCUCUGGCCCUGGCUGCCAGUCCGAGCACAGGAGAUGUCCUUCGGAGACGGAUUGCCACUCCCGAGGAGGUCCGGUUCCCUCUGCAGCAUGGAUGGCGGAGAGAGGUGCGAAUCAAGAAGGGCAGCCACCGGUGGCAGGGGGAGACUUGGUACUAUGGUCCCUGUGGAAAGAGGAUGAAACAGUUUCCAGAAGUGAUUAAGUACCUGAGCCGAAAUGUGGUACACCAUGUCCGCCGGGAGCAUUUCAGUUUCAGCCCUAGGAUGCCUGUUGGAGAUUUCUAUGAAGAGCGGGACACCCCUGAGGGCUUGAAAUGGGUACAGCUUUCAGUGGAGGAAAUCCCUUCCCGCAUUGAGGCCAUCACUGGCAAGCGAGGACGUCCCCGCAAUACAGAGAAGGCCAAAGUCAAGGAGAUGCCCAAAAUAAAGCGAGGGCGUGGGCGGCCGCCCAAAGUCAAAAUCACGGAGCUUUUGAGCAAGACAGAUGCCAGAUUCUUGAAAAGGCUUGAAGCUUCAGAUGCCCCAAGUGAUGGAGAAAAGGCUAAGAUGAGUAAGAUCAAGAAGAAGAUAAGAAGGAAGGCCAAAAACCAACGGAAACAGGAAGCCAAAAGCUCCAAGCAGAAAGAAACUAAAAAGAAAUCCAAGACUGAGAAAGAGAAAGUAAAAGCAAAGACCGAUAAACUGAAAGUCAGGAAAGAGAAGAUUAGACCAAAGGAGAAGGAGGAGUCCAGACCGGUCCUAAAGGCCGACCGAGCGUCUGCUCCCCAGCGGCGCCUGGAGGAGCGUGAGAGACAGCAGAUGAUCCUGGAGGAGAUGAAGAAGCCCACAGAGGACAUGUGCUUGGCUGACCACCAGCCCCUUCCGGACUUCUCCAGAAUUCCUGGUCUGGUAUUACCCAGCAGUGCUUUCUCAGACUGCCUGACUAUCGUGGAAUUCCUGCACAGCUUCGGCAAAGUGCUGGGCUUGGAUCCGGCCAAGGAUGUGCCCAGCCUGGGAGCUCUGCAGGAGGGGCUGCUGUGCCAAGGCGAGGCCUUGGAUGAGGUGCAGGAUCUGUUGGUGAAGCUGCUUCGAGCUGCUCUCUGUGAUCCUGGCUUGCCAGCUUACUGCCAGUCACUGAAGAUUCUAGGAGAAAAGGUGUCUGAGAUCCCACUGACGAGGGACAAUGUGUCAGAGAUCCUCCGUUGUUUUCUCAUGGCCUAUGGGGCAGAACCAGCCGUCUGUGACAGCCUUCGCACCAAACCUUUCCAGGCGCAAACACCCCAACAAAAGGCUGCAGUGCUGGCCUUCCUUGUACAUGAGCUCAAUGGCUCCAACAUCAUCAUCAGUGAGAUUGAUAAGACCCUUGAAAACAUGUCCAGCUACAGGAGAAACAAAUGGAUUGUUGAAGGCCGGCUCCGGAGGCUGAAAACAGCUCUGGCGAAGCGAACUGGACGGUCUGAGGCAGAGCUCCUUGGCUUGGAGGAGGGCUUAGGCCGGAGGCGGAGCUCCCGGAUCCCAGAAGAGACAAGCGGGAUGGAAGAAGAGGAAGAAGAAGAGACUGCCCAGGGCCGGUGGGCCCGUCGAGAUGAGGAGGGUGAUGCCCUACCAUUCAGUAUUCCUGAGCUAGAGCGACAGAUAGAGAAGCUCACCAAGCGUCAGCUGUUUUUCCGCAAGAAGUUACUCCAGUCAUCCCAGAUGCUGAGGGCUGUUUCUCUGGGCCAGGAUCGAUACAAGCGGCGAUACUGGGUGCUGCCAUAUUUGUCUGGGAUCUUUGUGGAAGGGGCUGAGGAAACCACAGCCUUGGAGGAUGUGAUAAAACAGGAAGCUGACUCCUCAAAGGGGGUAGCUGCUCCAGCCCCCUCCAUCACUUCUUUCUCUACAGUGAAGAAGGAAUUAACUGAAGGAAAUGUUAAGACUUGGUCCCCCUGUGUUCGGGCCAGGGGUAGGCCCAGAAAGACCAAGCCUGUCCCUGAGCAGCCUGAGAUUCCUGUAUUACCUCUAGUGAAAGAGGAGCACAAGUUUGUGCAGGCCCAGGUCCAGGAUCAAGCGCAGGAGCAGGAGCAGACCCAGACACAGGUCCUCAAUGGGCUUCUAGAGCCAGAGGACUCCCCCAUGUCCUUGGGUCAGAGCCAGCAUGACCUCAGCCAGUCAGCCUUCCUCUCCUGGCUGAGUCAAACCCAGAGCCAUGGAUCCUUGCUGAGCAGCUCUGUCCUCACACCUGAUAGCAGCCCUGGCAAGCUGGAGCCUGGACCUGCAAUGUACCCUGAAGAACCUGAAACCAGCCAGCCUGAUCCCCCGCCUCCCCGAGGCCCAUGGUUCAACCUGCUUCCUCGAACACCUUGUGAUGCUGCUCCCUCAACUUCCCCUUGUGCCUCAGAGGAUGGCCCCUCCCCUGAUCCACCAACACCGCCUGCUUCUUCUCAUCCUGUGAAUGGACCUAGUGCUGCCAAACCUUGUUCCCCAAAGCCACUCUCUUCCACCCCCUUGUCUAUGUCAGCUCCCAAAAGAUGGGCAGGUGUCUCUGGGAAAGGGACCCGAAGCCCAGCUGGGCUUGGACAGCCUAAACGGAGGGGUCGGCCCCCUAGCAAGUUCUUCAAGCAGAUGGAACAGCGAUACCUGACUCAACUGACAGCCCAGCCCGUGCCUGCCGAAAUGCGCAGGGGCUGGUGGUGGAUCCGGGAUCCGGAGGAGCUGGAGGCCACCCUGCGGGCCCUGCACCCCCGGGGCAUCCGCGAGAAGGCUCUGCACAAGCACCUCAGCAAGCACAGGGACUUCCUGAGGGAGGUCUGCCUGAGGCCGCCUACAGACCCCAUUCUCAAGCCGAGCCGGUGCCCCACAGUGUCUCAGAAAGAGCUCGUGUGCUGGUCUCCAGCUGAGAGGGCCUUUGAAGCAGAUCUGGUGAUGCUGCAAUGCGUAGAGGAGCUGGAACGGCGGGUACUACUGGCUGAUCUGCAGAUCAGGGGCUGGACCUGUCCCAGCCUGGACUCUGCCAGAGAGGACCUGGCAUACUAUGAGCAUCUGCCUGAACCCCUCGAGGACAUCACUGCACGAGGCCGAGGGCGGGAGGGCCUGGUACCUCAGAGGGAGGACACCAACCCCCUGGAUUUGGCCGUCCUUCGGCUUGCGGCACUAGAGCAAAAUGUGGAGCGAAGGUAUCUUCGAGAGCCCCUUUGGCCGGCCCAUGAAGUUGUGCUGGAGAAAGCCCUGCUGAGCCCUCCCGACUCCACUGCUCUGGGGACCACAGAGAUAGCAUAUGAGAUCACUCCUCGGAUCCGGACUUGGCGGCAGACCUUGGAGAGGUGCCGGAGUGCUGCCCAGGUGUGUCUCUGCCUGGGUCAACUGGAGAGAUCCAUUGCUUGGGAGAAAUCCGUCAACAAAGUGACCUGCCUGGUGUGCCGGAAGGGUGAUAACGAUGAGUUUUUGCUGCUCUGUGAUGGCUGUGACCGUGGCUGCCACAUUUAUUGCCACCGACCCAAGAUGGACACUGUUCCUGAAGGAGACUGGUUUUGUGCUGUCUGUCUGGCCCAGCAGGCAGAGGGAGAAUUCCCUCAGAAGCCAGGCUUCCCAAAACGGGGCCAGAAGCGGAAAGGAGGCCCACUGGGCUUCUCCGAGCCGGAGAGUCGGCGUCGGCGUCGUCCUCGGGCCGUGUCCCGGGGCCAGGAUGCUGCAGCUGUGUCCCGGUGCUCUGGGGAAGGGCUGUCUUCCUCCAAACGUCGCCGCCUUUCCAUGAGGCACCAUCAUAGCGACCUCACUUUCUGCGAGAUCAUCUUGAUGGAGAUGGAGUCUCAUGACUCAGCUUGGCCCUUCUUGGAACCCGUGAAUCCUCGUCUAGUUAGUGGCUACAGACGUAUCAUCAAAAACCCCAUGGACUUCUCUACCAUGAGGGAAAGGCUCCUUCGGGGCGGGUAUUCUAACUCUGAGGAGUUUGCUGCUGAUGCCCUUUUGGUUUUUGACAACUGCCAGACCUUCAAUGAGGAUGAUUCUGAGGUGGGCAAGGCCGGGCACAUCAUGCGCCGCUUCUUUGAAAGCCGAUGGGAGGAGUUUUAUCAGGGAAAACAGGCCAAUCUGUAAGGCGAAGUGGGAGGACAGGGGCAGGACACAACAUGUCUACCCCCUUCUCCCAUUAUUCCCACCUCCAAAACCCUGCCAUUCUCGCCUGCUGAUGCUGCCUGGGGUCUACGCUCAAGAAUCAGACGUGCCCUGAUCUUGGACUCCACCUUUGGGCAGCUUCCUAGAUCCUCGUUCCUUAAAUUUGCCCUUUUCCUCUUCCUUUCCCCCUCGGAUAAAGGGGAUAGAGAAGGGGGGUCUUCCUGGACUGAAAGCCAAAAAGAGAAAGAGAAUUUUUUUCCUUUCUGUUUUAUUUUCUAAAUACGAAAGGGAGGGUAGAAACACCUUCCUUGCCCUUCCCCACCUUCUCCUGCCCUUUGGGGCUAUUUAAUGAUAGCAAUAGUUCUAGUGAAUGUGUGAAACCGAGAAACACUCUGUACUGUGCGAGGACCCGUAGUAACGGCCAGUAAAGUGGACUUAACUCCCAAGUGUGUCAAGCCGGAUACGGGGCCCUGGACAUGCUGCUUCCACGUCCAGUCCUUCCCCCAGUCCUUUGCCCACUUCAACACUUUUUCUUCCAGUUUCUGCCUUCUUUCCCACAUCCAAUAAUAUAAAACUAUUGUGUACGGGUUCCUCCCUUCCUUUCCCAAAAACCUUUAAAAAAAAAAAUCUUUCAGAGGUUUUUCUCUCUUUAGUCUAGCCUCACCUAUACCAGUGGAUGCUUCUCUAUCCUUUCCCUCCAAAUCUCCAGCCUUCUCUGGGGCUAGAUAGCUGUGGGGAGAGGGGGAAGGAUCUGGCUCCAUCGGCCCUGUUUUUCUCCCCCACUUCCCCUAAACCUAAUCCUCCCUCUUGGGAGCUCCUCAGGGACAAUUACUGCUGAGUUUGGCCAGGAUAACUUUGGGCCCAUUCCUUCCUGCCUAGAAGAUGGACUGACUGGCCUUCCCUACUUGUAUGUGUUGCUGCAUUUUGUGUUUUAGCCUUUCCUUCCUUCACCCCUAUUCCUCCUUCCUUACUUUGGAAAUCUUCAAGGAACAUUUUCACCCAAUGGGCAUUUUUUAUGCCCUUCUUCUGAUGUCUGUGAUUCCUCCUUUCCUAAUCCCAGGGCAAUUGUUCAGGUUUCAAACUGUUGUUCUUUUCCAGGAUCUUUAAUCCUGUUACUUUUGUGUCUCUUGCCCCUUACGCACAGGAAGGACCUAAAGCUUUCUGUGGCUUCCUGGCCUGUCCUCCUCCUUAGCCCUAGGUGGGUUACCAGGAAAGCAGGAUGGGUGAGGGGCAGAUUGUGUACACACCACCAUCUGACACGUGACCCCGCUCUGUAAGAGGAAAGCUGCCAUCCAUCCCAGCCAUAAACCCUGGGGUCCUGGCCCUCUGCUCCCUUGCCCAGCCUUGGUUCCUCCCAUCAGAGAUUACGGGUACUUGCACUGGGGAGGCGGCCCUGGGCUCAAGCAGAGAGCCAAGACACCCAUAUCCCCCAAGGAACUUUGCUACUGGUAGGGAGGAGCCAGUUGAGGUAGAGAGCCAUAAUCCUGGCUUUACUCCACCAGCUGCACUGAGGGAUAGUAAAAGGGAGAACAGGCCUGUGUUCUCUGUGUUCUCCCUACCCUUUUGCUUCUCUCUCUUUCCAUCUCAUUUCUCAAGUCGCCUUUUCUGUCAGAUAAACCUCAAAUUAUUUUGAGAUUUUUUUUAUUUUAAAUAAGAGGUGAAUUGAAGACUAUUUGAAUUGACUAUAUUAUGCAUAAAUAUUUAUAUUUUAUCUAAACUGCGCUGUAACAAACUUUGUGUUAAAUGUUUGGAAUUCUAGAUGAGGGCUCUUCCCCUGCCUUCAGUCACACGCCUCAUCCUCCCUUGACAGGGUAAUGUUUUUCCUGGUAUCAAAGCCCCUAAUUAAUUUUGAAUUUAUUGGGAGAGAAGAGUGGCAGGAAGAAAAUGAUGGUCUGGAAUCUCGUGUUCCACUUUGUAUUCUCUUCCCUCCACUCACACAUUCCCCACCCCACCCCCACUUGUGGUAGGCUGGCUUGAAAUUUUCAGGGCCUAUCUGGGGAGGAGGGGGAUGUAAAGUGGUCAACUUCCCACUUUUCCUUCUGCCUUCAUUCUUAAUAAUUUCAAGUAUUUGGGGUAGGCAUAUUAAAAAUCAGCUUAACCUCCCACCCUUGAAAAAAACAAAAACAAAACCCUAUCCUAUCUUCUACCACACCAUUCUAACAAACAGGAAGAAACCACAUCAUCAACAAAAGUUGUUCCCGUGUUCCUUUUGUGGUAAAAAAGGAACUAACUUUUAUAUAACCAAAUGUGGUGUUUUAGUGACUUUUUGAUAAUGUACAGUUUUUUUUGUGAAUUUAAAUUUAUUUCUUUCUAUAUUUUUAGGACCAAUCUCAUUUUUAAUAAGGUUGAAAAGGAAAAAAAAAGUCUAGAAAACUCCUGUUGUUGCCAUGUGAUGUUCCACAAGUGCAGCUGUAGAAAAAGUGCUUGUCAGUUGAAUAAAAACCACAUUUGAUAGAGA